AUGGGUGGGAAGGCUUCAGCAUGGACACUCAUACUUUCUGUCGAAGUUGUGCAUCACACUCUGUCUCUUUACACUGAUCUUACAGAGCACGACGUGGAUGCUGGAAAAAAGGACCUCUUCGAUGUCAAUGAAGUGGCUGGUCUGGAUCUUUUUGAGGGAGAUAUUUUAUUUGAUGAGAAACAAGGGAGGAAUUCCAUUACUGGGGAUCAGUAUUUAUGGCCAAGGACCAUACCAUACUAUCUGGGGGACGACUUGGACAUCAAUGCUAAAGGGGUGAUAUUGAAAGCCUUUGAACAGUACCACCUCAAGACUUGUAUCGAAUACAGACCCUGGAGCGGAGAGCAGAACUACAUCUCUGUGUUCAAAGGGGAUGGGUGCUUCUCUUCUGUCGGGAACCAGCACGUGGGGAAGCAGACGUUGUCAAUUGGCGCUGGAUGUGACCGCAUCGCCACCAUCGAGCACGAAUUCCUCCACGCACUGGGUUUUUGGCACGAGCAGUCGCGCUCGGACCGCGACGACUACGUCACCAUUAUGUGGGACCGCAUUUCGGAAGGCAAGGAACACAAUUUCAACAAAUAUGACGACACCAGAUCGAGUUCCCUGAAUGUGCCUUAUGACUACGGCUCCAUGAUGCACUAUAGUAAAAACUCCUUCCGCAAUGGGACGCAACCCACCAUCAUCACCAAGAUUCCCGCCUUCAUUGAUGUCAUCGGCCAGCGCAUGGAGUUCAGCGACAGUGAUCUGCUGAAGCUUAACAGACGCUACAAUUGUACACGCUCGUCCACCUUCUUGGACUCCUGCGACUUUGAGUGGGAGAAUAUCUGUGGAAUGAUCCAAGAUCCUGGUGAUGAGGUGGAUUGGGAACGUGUAACCAACGCACCUGGUGGACCCAGCAUGGACUAUUCUAACAUGGGACGCUGUGAUGGUAUGGGCUAUUUCAUGUACUUCAGCACGGCCAAAGGUAGCGUGGGAGACACUGCUCGCCUGGAAAGCAGGUUACUCUACCCCAAGCGGGGCUAUCAGUGCCUGCAGUUCUUCUAUUACCACAGUGGACACCUCAGUGAUCAGCUGGCGAUCUGGGUGAGAGAGUAUGAUGAGGCCAACCCUAACGGGACCCUACGCCUUAUUCAGAAGAUCAGUGGGACUCCUGAGGCUCUGUGGCAGCCCCACCAUGUUAGUCUGGAUGUUACUAAAAAGUUCCGGGUGGUGUUUGAAGGCACCAAGGGCUCUGGGAACUCUGGUGGGCUCUCCUUGGAUGAUGUGAACUUGUCUGAGACCACCUGCCCGGAACAUGUGUGGCGCAUCAAGAACUUCAAGAGUGUGAUGGAGAACACAGCAGUGGGCACUGCUGUCUACAGCCCACGCUUCCAUUCUAAGGACGGCUACACCUUUCAGAUGGGAUUGUACCCUAACGGCUCAGAGAGCUCCCCUGGGGAACUGGGAGCCUAUGCCUACCUGACCUCCGGGGAUGAAGAGAUUGACGCUCGACUUGUCUGGCCUUGUCCCUGGAAGCAGAUAACUAUGAUGCUUAUGGAUCAGCAUGCAGACAUCCGGAAGCGCAUGUCCAACCAGAGGAGUGUUACCACUGACCCCACAAAGACAGAAGAAGGAUCUGGGACGUUGUUCUGGGAUGACCCACGCAGAGUGGGGAAUCUAGUAAAAGAUGAGGAUGGGAUUGAGUACUACCGAGGCCCUGGAGCAGGAACGUCUGUGUACCUGACCCAGGCAAGAGCACUCAGCAGAGAUUUCAUCAAGGGUGGAGAUGCCAUCUUCCUCUUCACCAUGGAAGACAUCUCUCACCUGGUGCCUCCACAGCCCCUCCCCUCAACAACAUCCCCUCCCACAAAUGGAACCACCGCAGACCCUACCACACCUACAGCUCCCAACACCACCAACCCCACAGCACCUCCUCAUGAUCCGUGUACUACAGUGACCUGUGAAAAUGAAGGCAUGUGUGUGGCUGACAAUGGCAGAGAAGCAGUAUGCAGAUGUGCUGUGGGAGCAGACUGGUGGCACUACGGGGACAGGUGUCAGUUUAAGAGUUCCACACAGGACAACGUGGUCACAGCGGCUGUAGCCUCUGUUGUGGUCUUCGCCAGCAUGCUGGUGGUCACCGUGGUGACUGUGGUGUGUCUAAAGAAGAAGUACACGUGGAAGGCGAAUGAGAUGGGCGGAGCCAUCGCCAUGCAAAACGUGCAUGUAAAUUAAUCACAUCCUGGGUUUUUUGUUUUUCUAAAUGAGCUGCAUUAUUAAAGCGUAAGGGCAGACACUGCAUCAUGUAUGUGAGUUUAUUAUUAAUGUACUUUUAAUUGAAAUCUCAAAGUCUCUGAGCUCUUUCUGUAAGGGGAUCUCUGCUAAAGUGCCUAAAGGGUAAACAGAAUAGUAACAUGGAACAGUGUGUA